UUUUAGCCACAGUUUUACCUAGCUAAAUCAUGUGUGUAAGUUAUAUUUGGAAGGUAAAUAAGUCGUGAAAGCCGUCUUGUUAACGCUAUUUCUCAGUUUUGAAGUUGACGCUAAUUAGCUAACUAACUUUUUAGCUCAUUAGCAUACCGUUAGCUACAUGAGCGUCUCCUCUGCCAUGCUGGAGGAACCAGAGAGCAGGGAACCCUCUCUGUUGGAUCCGUCUGUGAACAGCCACAGACCCGCAUCAAGAAAGUCCCAGGACAUUUCUCAUGUGUUAGCAAGCACCUUCAAGGACCUUUACACAAAAGACAUCAUCGGGAAAGACACUUUGUCCAACCUCAUCAAGACGAAGAAUGGACGCAGCAGCUACCAUGACAGAUAUGUGGAAGAGCUGCAACAGGCUCAUUCUGAAUACAGCCGGCGUAUAAAAGAGGCUGACAUGCUGGAGAGUCAUAUAAUCCAGGCCAGAGCUCGAGCUGCCGCCACAGAGAGCCAGGCCUAUGAGAGGAUGAGGGAGAGGAUGGGAGAUAUUAUCGAUCACCAGGGCCUCCUCACAGUCCAAUCAGCCUUUUCCUGGUGCGUAGAUAAAGAUCUUCUCGAAAUGAACAACCUCAUUUCCCCCCAGGACUAUUUACCUACACAAAAACCACGCGUGGAAGCACCAGCAUCAAUAAAAACAAAUCCUGGCAAACCCACCUUCUCCUACGCCAUGCACGUGUCCAAGGAGCCUCAGGAUGAUGGUUACACUCUGAUUCCCAGUCCAGAGAAGAUCGUCCUAGAUGCAUCAGAGCUCAGUCUGACUUUCGAAUCCAGCUCAGACACCCCAAAGAGGAGAAACCCUCCCAAAGAAAAGUCCAAACAGACCAUACCCAGACCCAAGUGGAAGGAUGAGCCCAGCGCAAAGGAUCGUAAAGAGGGACAGGAGAGACUUCAGAAGUUGAAAGAUCGAAACAGUUUCCUACGCAAUCCUCGCUUCCUUCCUCCGAGUGCACAGCAGGGGGGCACAUCCCUCGUCCGGGCCAGAUCCAAAGCAGGGAAGACGGAGCAUGUGAGGAGAGAGACAGAGGAGCAAAGCUCCACUGAUGAUCCUGUGUUCCUAGCAACUCCUUCAGUGGUGGUUUUCCCCGACUACACUGUAGGACAAGUAUACGAGACUUCACUGGAGCUGAAAAACUUGACGUCUGCCAGCCGUACUGUCCGAGUCAUUCCUCCCACCACUCCUUACUUCUCCCUUGGCCUCGGGAGGUUCCCCGGUGAGGGGGGUGUUGUCGCCCCGGGGAUGAGCUGUAAGUACACAGUGCGCUUUGCUCCAGACUCGAUGGGGGAUUAUGAGGACUUCAUGGUGGUUGAGACCCAGGCUGAGCACCUGCUUGUGGUUCCCAUCAUGGCCAAAAGACCCCCUCCAAUACUCACAUUACCAAGAGUUCUGGACUGUGGUUGUUGUCUGAUCGGAGGAGUCAAGUUUGUGGAGUUCCUGUGCCGAAAUGUUGGCUUCAGCGUCGGGACGUUCUGCAUCAUCCCCAAGAACCAGUGGCCAGCGUCCAACCUGAGGUGUGUGGCAAGAACUUACUUCUCUGAGCAGCCCCCCUUUGCAAUCAGCCCCUCUCUCUUUGUGCUGCAGCCAGGAGAGGCCCUGGUCGUGGAGGUAGUUUUCUUUCCCACCGCUGCUGAGAAGAGCUGUCAGGUGUUCACCGUUGUGUGUGAUAACUGCCAGGUGAAAGACAUUUGCAUUGAAGGUGAGGGCCAGCUGAUUGCUCUGGAGCUUGUGUCUGUAUCUGGGAGGAAGGAGCCUCCGGUGGUGGGAGAGGUGCACGACCUCACUGCAGACCACUGUGUUCGAUUCAGCCCCUGCAACCCUCACUCUGCGCAGGAGAGGAAAGUCAUCAUUAGAAACAACGUCCACCUGGAGCUGCCUUUCCACUGGCAGAUCAUGAAGCCCAACCUGCACCCUCAGCUUCCAGGGGAAACUCCAGAGCUCUCACACAUUCAGUGCCACCCGACCACAGAUGCUGUUUUCCACGUCAGCCCGAUUACUGGGGUUCUUGCCCCCUGCCAGGAACAGGAGUUUCUGAUGACCUUCUGCCCUAAGGAGUUGCAGGAUUACCACAGUGUUUGCCACCUAGUCCUGAGGGAUGUGCCCCAGAUGCCAGCAGAGUCCAGUAACACUGGCGUCCUUCAGCCUGUGCGCACCGGCUCCAAGGUGAGCGAUGUGAUCGUCAUGGAGAUAGAGGUCAAGGGGUCGACAGAGCCGUACCACGUCCUACUGGAGCCGUAUGCUGUCGUGAUCCCAGGAGAGAUUUUUAUUUGCACGACCACACGCAGGCAGUUCAAGAUGUGGAACCACAGCAGGACCGCCAUCAACUUCCAGUGGGAGAGGAUGAACAGCAGCUGCCAUAUAAUAGAAGUAGAGCCCUCUGCUGGUAGAAUAGAGGAGAACGAGUGUUUUGAUUUCGACCUUAUCUUGAAUGGAGGGAAACCAGAAAGGGUUGUUACCAGUCUGGUUUGCCACAUAGAGCACCGACACGAGCCCGUCACUCUGGAAGUGGAAGUCUCUUUUAAGGGCCCAAUAGUGACCCUGAGUGUUCCCAGUGUGGACUUUGGGCUCCUGAAGUUCGGGGAGCAGACACACACCUCUCUGAUCCUCACUAACAUCACCCAGCUGGAGGCCGGCUGGAGGCUGCAGGAGAGGCAGCACCACCAACACCCACAGGUUUUAGUGGAGCCAUGCGGGGGUGUGCUGUCCCCGUUGGCCUCUUGCAGUGUGGAUGUGCUGUUUAGUCCCACCUCCUGCCAGCGAUAUGAAGCAGAGCUGGAGCUGACGGUGGAGAAUGGAACCGGAUGCCACCUGUCAGUGCGGGCAGAUGUUCAGACUCCUCAGGUGUGUCUGCUCAGCUGUGAGCUGCUCCUCUCUGAACUCUACAUGGGAGUUCCUGCCAGAGCCCCCGUCACUCUGUUCAAUCAGACGCUGCUGCCCUCUCACUUCAGCUGGAGGGCUAAGCUGCAGGGUAAACAGGCUGAUGUGUGCACAGCCAGUUUUGAGCCGUCCUCUGGCACUCUGGGACCUAACACCAGUUUGGAGAUCACAGUCACCUUUACCUCGCACACAGAUGUGGAGCUGACGGAGGUGGCUGCCCUCUGUGAGGUCCAGGGGAUGAACGCUCCACUUGUCCUACGAAUUGUAGCUUCCAAAAUCAAGAAACUCAGUGUGUCCUACUCCCAGCCGAGUGUCUGCUCUCCCUCAGACGAUGAGAGCCCCUGUGCGCUGGUACUCGACUUUGGAGACGAUGUCUUCUUGAAGAGAGCCGUUACCAAGCAGUUUCUGAUAGCCAAUCAAACUGCUAUCCCUGCUCCUUUCACCAUCGAGGCGGAGUACUUCACUUGCCAUGCCUCAAAGCCCAAUAACCAGUCAGAGAAAAGAUCCUCGUACAUCAAGAAGCCGCUGCACUCUCUACAGGCUAAGAAAGUGGAGGAAAAAGCACAAGAGGAGCUUGUGAGCGGCCUGCUGGCUCACGGGAAAGGAGCUGCUUUCUUCGUCCUUCCACAGCGCGGGAUGCUGGGAGCAUUUGAGACGCAGACUGUGAACGUCACCGCUUACACCGACAUGUGGGGGGAAUACAGAGAUCAACUCGUAUGCAAAGUGGGGGAUCUGGAGCCCACGCUCGUCCCCAUGCAGAUGACGGUGAAAGGCUGCCCGCUCUACUUCCAAAUGACGGGCCCACGCCCAGAUGACCAGAACCAGGGACCCAUCACACAUUUUGGCACGCAUGUUUCUGGAGGUGACACGGUGUCCAGAUCGCUGCGCAUCAACAAUCCCACCAUGUUUGAUAUCCGCAUGGACUGGGAAUCCUAUAACAUCGACCAGAAUGACCGUAAACUCUUGGAUGUGGUGGUGGCGUACGGAGGCGCCUUUCCACUCAAAGACACUGAUGGCAACGAGCUGCCUGUAAGGAUUUCUGGUGCAUCCUGGGAAAGAAAUCAGUCUCCGUGCUCUGAGGGAACAAGCUCCUCCCUCCGAAGCAUGACCAGCGCAGACGGGGAGGAAUAUGUUUCUGAGGAUGAAGGUGAGGAAGAGGAAACCUGUCUUUAUCCCGCUCCUGCAAAGAAAGAACUCAUCUCGGUUCACAUCAGACCUCAUGUGGGCAACAUGUCGGAUUACCCAUAUUGCAUCACACCUCAGCAAAUAGUGAUUCCAGCCAAGAGCAGCGGCACCAUCCACGCAUCCUUCACUCCUUUGACUCUCUCCGGGUCAGCUUGUGAGUCCAGAUGUGUGGGUCUGGCUCUGGGCUUCAUGAGUUUAGACUCUGAGAUGGCUGCCUGUGUCCCCGGUAAAGUUAUCAGAGCUCAGGGUUUGGAUUUGGAACCGGUCAGAGUGGAUCUAUUAGGGGCCGUUAAGCCUGCAGCGCUGUCGGUGCAGAUGGAGGAAGACGGGGGGGCGCUGGAGUUUCACGCCUCGGCCGGUGAUUUACUGACGGCCGAUUCAGAGGAUAAAAAGCUGCUUGUUCGGGAGUUUGACGUCACACGGGCCCUUCAGCUGAAAAACACCUCAGAGAUGCCGCUACACUUCAGACUGGAGGCUCAGGAUCCAUUUUUAGUGCUGAAACCACAGACUAGAGUCCGAAGCAGCAGCUCCAGCAACCCCACCACUGGAGAGAGCCAGACCGUGCUGCUGCAGCCACAACACGCCCUGCAGGUGAAGGUGGCUUUCCGCUGCUCCCUGUCCCUCCUGGAUCAUGCAGAGCAGGCAGAGGAGGGCCUUCCCCCCGGUGUGACGCUGAUGCAUCGUGCACGGGGCGGGAGGAAGCUGCGGUUCCAGCAGAACCUCCUGAUCCACUACAGCAACAACAGCCUGCAGACGGUGCCUCUCUGUGCUGAUCUGGAUCUCGUUUCGAUGCGUCCGUCCAGUGACAGCAUCGACUUUGGGUUCUGCUACACGGGGGAGACAAAGACAUUAGACGUCACUCUGCACAGCCACGGAGCAAACACCUACUGGAAAUCACUUAUAGAGUCAGAUGAAGGACAGGAUGUGUUCAGAGUGACACCAGACUUCGGGCUGCUCGUCCCCGGCUGCAGCCACUGCCUCCAGAUCAGCUUCACUCCCGGUGAUGACAGAGCGUUCAGGGCCGCUGUGGUCCUUUGGUCUCCUCUGGUGAAGCCCCCCCUCACUCUGCAGCUGCAGGGGACAGGAUCUUAUGAUGAAGUGUACCGGUCACACUGAAUCUCCUCACACUGCAGUCACAUAAACAUCAAUACAUCUACUUAUAUUAGUCCUUUUGUAAGAGUGUAAAUAAAUAUA